GAGAUGCUGCGGGGCGGGCGGGUUUUGUACUCUCACACUCAUGCGUACUUUGGGAUCCCCAUACGGGACCAUGGCCUCCUCCUCGCACUGCCUCAGGUUUGCUUUUCUUUUAUUCGUUUUUACAUUUUGUGUCCUUGCGCAGUAUGAGAAAUACAACUUUCGCAGUUUCCCACGGCACGAGCUAAUGCCCCUGGACUCGGCGUACCGACACGCUUUAGACAAGUACAGUGAGGAGAAGUGGCCCGAGAGCGUGGAGUUUCUGGAGAUGAGUCUCCGGCUGUACCGGCUGCUCAGGGACAGCGAGGCCUUCUGUAACCUCAACUGCAGCACGGUGCGCCUCGACGACGAGACGCGCUUCAGAGACUUCCCCGAGCUGCACGCCUUCGGUAACGUGAUGAAGCGAGCUCAGUGUCUGAAGCGGUGCAAGCAGGGCUUACCUGCCUUCAGACAGACGCUCCCCAGCCGGGAAACCAUCGAGGAGUUUGAGAAACGGGAGCCCUACAAGUACCUGCAGUUUGCUUACUUCAAAAGUGAUCAGCUGGCCAAAGCUGUUUCUGCAGCGUACACAUUUCUUCUGAAGCACCCUGAUGAUGAGAUGAUGCAGAGGAACAUGAACUAUUACAAGAGUUUACCUGGAGCUGAUGAACACAUGAAAGACCUGGAGACCAAGUCAUAUGAGACAUUGUUCAUUCGGGCCGUGCGGGCAUACAAUGGCGAUAACUUCAGAACGUCGGUGUCAGAUAUGGAGUUGGCACUGAGAGACUUUUUCAAGGUGUAUGAUGAGUGCAUCGCAGCGUCAGAGGGAUCCAGACAGAUCAAAGACUUCAAAGACUUUUACCCGUCCAUCGCAGAUCAUUACACAGAGGUUCUAGAGAGGAAGGUUCGCUGUGAGAGCGAGCUCACGCCGGUUGUAGGUGGAUUUGUUGUUGAGAAAUUUGUGGCAACCAUGUACCACUACCUCCAGUUUGCUUAUUAUAAAUUGAAUGAUCUGAAGAACGCUGUGCCAUGUGUGGCCAGCUACAUGCUCUUUGAUCCCAGUGAUGAGGUGAUGAAGAAUAAUGUGGAUUAUUAUCGGUACCACAGAGAGAAAUUCGGUCUUGCUGAUGAGGACUUCUUCCCUAGAGCGGAAGCAGUACGGUACUACAAUCAAACGACGCUACAGCUGCAGAUGCAAGAAUUUGCCAAACAGAAGUUUCUGCCAGAUGAUGAGGGUGAAGUCGUAGAGUUUCUUGAUGAAUAUCUUAAUGCUGAAGACGAAUAGACGAUUUUAUUUGCACUGAAAUAAAAACAUUGUGAAAAAGACCAUAAAGGUAUUCUCAUUCCUGUA